AAAAGACAAAAAAUUGAAGAUACACAUCGAAGCAUUUAAAAUUCGUGAAUAAUAAAGAUUCGUAGUAUAUCUGGCCAAUGUUAGACUACCGUGGAUCCACUAAGCCCCGCCCAUUCUCUGUUACCGUGAUUUCUAUGGAUUCUAUCUGCAUGUGCAUAUGACACUGAUCUGGGAAAAAUACAUAUAAAUAUUCGUUAUCGUUAUUAUUCCUUUCCGUUAUGAGAUCGUGGCUCGCUGCAGCGCAAUCGUCGGGACUGAAUCGGUGACCAUUAAACAUUCAGGGCCAUAUUUGGUGAAUGAUGUCUUUCAGGCGGACUGUGUUCUUCUGCUUGUUGUGUUUUUUGAUGCUCGUGCACGGCAGCAGGAGGAGGCACGCGCGCUGUCCAGCAUCAUGUACAUGCAGUAAAGAUAACGCCUUAUGUGCCAAUACUGGAUCAAUACCGAGGAGCUUCCCGCCAGAUGUCAUCUCACUAUCGUUCGUCAAGUCCGGAUUCAAUGAAAUCCCUAAAGAGAGUUUCAUUCACACACCAGCCCUCCAUCUGCUUCUUUUCACAGCAAACGUCUUUGAGUCUAUAAAUGAAGAUGCGUUUCUUGGCCUUCCUCAUCUGGAGUAUCUGUUCAUUGAAAAUAACCAAAUCAAGUCCAUAUCGCCUUUCGCCUUCAGAGGACUCAAGUCCUUAAUACACUUAAGUCUGGCGCACAAUAAUUUGGAGACGCUACCGAAAGAUCUUUUCAAAGGGAUGGAAGCUUUGACUAAAGUGGAUCUGAGAGGAAAUCUUUUCAGCUGCGACUGUAAAUUAAAGUGGUUAGUCGACUGGAUGUUUCACACAAAUGCAACUGUGGAUGAGAUCUAUUGCAGUGGGCCUGAAUCUUACCAGGACAGGAAAAUCAACGACCUCGUGGCGCAGUCAUUUGAUUGCAUAACAACAGAUUUUCCACUCUUGAAGUCUCUCGAAUUUCAGUCCAUUUCAGUCGAAGCGUUUGAAUUUGGUGGAGACCAGUUUGUUGUAUUCGCCCAGCCGUUCAUUGGCAGGUGUAGUUUCAUGGAAUGGGAUCACGUGCAAAUGGAGUUCAGAAAUUUCGAUAACAUCACAAGCACUUCAUCGGUCAUCUGCAAACCUCUAGUCAUUGACAGUCAACUCUUCAUCAUCGUAGCACAGCUGUUCGGCGGCUCGCACAUCUUCAAGAGAGACGUCUCCGCAAACAAAUUCAUCAAAAUCCAAGACAUCGACAUUCUGAAAAUACGAAAGCCAAAUGACGUGGAGAUCUUCCACGUGGACGGAGAGUCUUUCUUCAUCAUUGCCGAUAGCUCCAAAGCCGGCUCCACGACUAUUUAUAAAUGGAACGGCAAUGGCUUCUACUCCCAUCAGUCCUUGCACCCCUGGCACCGCGACACUGACGUGGAGUAUCUAGACAUUUCGGGGAAACCUCACUUGAUCUUGUCCAGCAGUUCUCAGCGGCCGGUUAUUUACCAAUGGAGCAAAAGCAACAAGCAGUUCGAGCGGCGUACCGAUAUCCCAGAGAUGGAGGACGUGUACGCGGUCAAACACUUCGCUGUGAAGAGCGAGCUCUACAUAUGUCUGACCCGCUUCAUCGGCGACUCCAAGGUGAUGAAGUGGGAUGGCAGCAUGUUCAGUGAGAUCCAGACCGUGGCCUCUCGCGGCUCCAUGGUGUUCCAGCCGUUCUCCAUAGCCAACUGGCAGUACGCCAUCCUGGGCAGCGACUACGCCUUUACUCGCGUCUACCGCUGGGACGCACAGAAGAGACAGUUCAUCCACUUCCAGGAGAUGAACAUUCAAGCACCCAGGGCUUUUUCUUUGGUGUAUAUUGACAACAGGGAAUUCCUUCUUGGCUCUAGUUUUAAGGGGCAAACGCGGAUUUAUGAACAUUUGGUCCUUGACUUGAGCAGCUGAUUUGCUUCAUCGGGACAGUUGAGGAUGAUUAGUGUCUCGAUGAAUCUCACGAACACGUCCUGCUCAUAUUUAACUCUAAAAUAUGAAAGAACGAUAUUUUUUGUUGUUUUUUAAACUAAAAAAGCUAGUUUUAAAGUCACCAUGAAAUCAAAAUUGACCAUUCUUGUUUUAAGGAAUAUUGCAGUGUUUUUCCGUGCACAUCAUUAUUGUGUUAAUAAUCUUGAAUCAGAAUAACUUCCUCUUGCAGCAUCUCGUCUCUUCUGUGAUGACGCGGGCGGGGCUAUAACCUGUCACUCACAUGAGAUCCACCAACCACAACCAUCCAAUCAAUUCCCCACGUUUACAAUCAAGCCCCGCCCACAUGUGUUCUUGUUCCAGAAGCGUUUGUCACAAUAGAGAAGAGACUAGCGCAAGUUCAGUUUCAUGCUGAUUUUUAGCAGUGUAAAAUUUUAACCCCCUCAAUUCUCCAUACCAUAAUGUAGUUUUUUUUUGCUGUAAUACAGUAAACAUUGCUUGAUUGUCAUGAAAGUAUGUCACCAUGCAUAAAAAUCGUAAUAAUUGAAAAAUAGGCUUCAUUUUCUCUAUGCAAAACACAAUUUCAUAUAUUUUCUUUCUUUUGAUUUUGGGGUGAAAUAUGACGGGGAUAUUUUCACCAGAUUCACAGCAUGAAGAAUCUUCGCAGAUGACUUGCAUGAUGAUGCCUUAGUUAGGUACCGCCAGUGAAAUUAUUCAUGUUGGUUUUUUUAGUGUUUUUUUUUUUUUAUAAAUGAUCUUCUCAGUGCACUCAUUUAUUUCUGUUGUAUUUUUACAUUUUAACUGAUGUACUUUCAUUGAAAUACUUGCUAUUCUAUUUAUUAAUAUGUAUAUCUCAACUUGUUUACUUCUCUUUUAACUUGUAAACAAUGUGUUUUAUGUGGCAGCUGGGGGAAAUAUUUGAUAUGCAGAAUAUACAUUGAGAGUUCGACUUUUGGAGUAGUGUGUCAUGUGACUUGUUUUUUUAACAGUGAAGUGUAUUAACUACUAACAGACGACCAAUGUCAGCACUUCUUUUUCAACAAGAUACCGUUUGUUGAGAUGAGGAGAUUCUAUAUCACCAAAUGAUGAAACUGUGUUGUUCUACUGGAUAGGUUUGUGCAUGCAGUUUCAUGCCUACUUUUUUGGAGACUGAUCCUAACUUUAAAUAAAGACUUUGUGAUCUUGA